GGCAGACAAUUAUACACGUGCCUUAAAGUCCAUAUGACCACCUUGCGUUGAACCUCAGGAAGUAGUGGCAACAUUCUAUGGGUCUGUCAUUUUGGUCCAAAAUGAGGAUGAUCAUGGCAAGAACCGGAAAUCGGAAGUUGGGUGAAGCAGGUCGCGUAGACGCCAAACGGAUAUCGAUCUUCUAGGAUCUUCUAGGUUCUCCCGAGUCUUUUUUGGUCAAUUCAACCACAGCAAUAGUGUCGUCUCAUCACCUGCUCAACAUACUUCUUCUGGCUAGUGAAGUUUUCUCGAGUCCGUAGAGUGUACAAGCAUAGCUCCAUGAAGUAUUUCCAUCGACGUAACAUCAGAACUUUUGGCGGAUGCUGACCUAUUGCUUCUGUGAACAGGAUCUCAACAUUCAAUCAUUGGGCUCGUUGACGGUGCUCUCCGAGGAUACGUUAACGUUACUAGUGCCAUCCGACUGAUGCUUGUGUAUUACCAUGCCCGAUGCUCCCACUUACUAGUAGCUUGAAGUCCUGCACUGCUACCACUCUAUGCCGGUUCGGAUUACAAGGACAUUCGAGCACGGCUGGGUCGCUUGAAGUGCCACGUUCAGCAGGAGGUCAGGUCCAGCAAGACAAUCCAUCAAACUUGUUGCUUAUGUCGUGAAUAGGCCAAGCCGUACGUGUAAGCCACUGCAUGUUGUCGAAACGCAUGUGUCCCAGGAUGUGUCGCAACUUAGCGCCUUGGAAUCUAUGUUCGUAUUAACCGAAUUAUAUGCUGGAAACUGUCAGGAUAUGACGUCGACCCGGGUACCGAAAAUAUCGUGGAUCUCAGCUCAGCCUUCUGUCCAGAGGUGGGGUCGAACCAAGGUCCAACACAGGCAGCAGUGGUUGACGAUAGUGCCAGUGACGUCACAUUCCGCAUAAUGGACCCCCUCAGGCGGUACAUAAACCAACGUGAUGCCCGUCUACUGUUCUGCUCUUCUCCCCUAUACGACCGCGACCGACAUGAUACUCAACGCCUUCCGCACUCCUCUCCGUGUCUCUCCUCUGUACAUACGACGUCCGCUCUCGACGUCGACCAGGCUUUUAAACCCACUCCUUUCGUCCAAAGCAGCAGCGAGCAAGACUUUCGCAAACACGUCGCCUUUCCAUGGGCAGUUGUUUGUUCGCGCUGUGGCAAGUCAGGUCUCUGGCCGUCCAGGCUCGCAAACUUUCGAGCAUGCUGCUACCAAUAUCAGAGAAGAGCUUGGAAGCUCUUCCGCUGAUCUCGCUAAGAGUAUUGCGGGCGGGAAUGUAUUCCAAGACGCUGUGGCAACGGACCCCACUCGACAAACUUUCCUCGGUAUCACCAACGCAGUCGCACAUCAGGUCCCUACCCCCUAUAUCAUGUUCGGUCUCGCCGGUGGUCUCCCGUAUCUCGCUGCAUCUGGUGCGACCAUUUACUUAGCUCGUCAAGCGGGUAUCGCGGCCGCUGGGCUCUCGACGAGCAUCGACCCUGGCGUCGCUAUCACUAUGCUUCACCAGGCCUUGGACAUCCAAAUGACGUAUGGUGCCGUCAUGCUUUCGUUCCUCGGCGCUCUGCACUGGGGCUUUGAAUUUGCUGGAUACGGAGGACAUAAGUAUUAUCCUCGUCUCGUGCUUGGAGCUGUACCCGUUGUGUGGGCCUGGUCUACCCUGGCUUUUGACCCUAUGAUCGGUUUGAUUUUGCAGUGGACCGGAUUUACCGCUCUCUGGUAUGCCGAUCUCAAGACGACCAGCGCUGGGUGGACUCCGAACUGGUAUUCUCAAUACCGAUUUUAUCUGUCUAUUCUCGUCGGAAGCUGCAUCAUCGGUUCACUUGCAGCUACCAACUACUGGGGCCCUGUCGGCGGUCAUGGAUUCCUUACCCAUGAGAUUGACCUGGUGCGUUGUGUUACUUGUCUGUCACCUAUGAGUGUUGUUGAUACAGGGUGCAGAUCCGCGCUGAGCGUCGGGAGAAGCAACCACCUCAUGAAGGUUAUGUUGCUGGAGAAGUUGAAGCUCUUCCAGCCCCUGCCGAUGCCGAUGCCUAUGUUCUUGUGAAAAAGAAGAAGCAUGAGGAAGAGCUGCAUUAAGUUUGUAAUAUUGAGGCAGAAGUUACAUCAAUUGUAUCAUAAGUUCAUGGACUAUCUCUCUUGGCCAAUCAUUUCACAAUCUUGUACUCUAGUUUCGUGCAUGUAUAUGAUAUUGAAGUUUAAUGUUAUUGCAAUUUUGACCUGUCUAAAAGUGAGAUCUUGGACAGAUGUAA